AUGAGGACUCCAUUUCCUCUUCUCCGUCUUCCGUACCUUGUACUUAUGCCUGUCUUGAAACAAAUGAACUUUUUUGAAAGAAUUGCACUCUCGAUUUUCUCCAGACGAGCCAGAAUGUUUUUGAAAAUGCCCCAAAGGAAGAGUAAACGUAUCAAUUUGAAACUCAAGUACGACACUAUAGAGAUGAAAGUGUUGCUUGAUAACUGGGAAGAAUUGAAACUAGAACUGUAUCCGAGUGGAUAUGUAGAAUUGAGAUACCGAGAAGAUGUAUUUUUAUGGAGAACAAGGGGAGUACCUCCAAUGGACUAUGCUGUUUCAAUUAUGGACGUCAUGCAUUGCAAGUCGAUUUAUCAGUUCAAAAUAGCUGAAAUAUCUCAAUGUGAUACUCUUCAUCUCCUUGUGAACCUCCCGAAAAUCGAUAAAGUCGUUGUUUACAGCGAUUUGUCCAACGUUUGCCCAGUAGAGUCCUGGCUUCGAAGAAUUUGA